CGGCCGCGGCGCCCGCCCUCGCCCGCGCCCCAUGGGGUCACAGAGUCUGUAGAGGAGCAGCAGCAAGGCUUCCAAAUGAACAACCGCAGGGAAGACAUGGAGAUCGCGUCCCACUACCGGCACCUGCUCCGGGAGCUCAACGAGCAGCGGCAGCACGGGGUCCUGUGCGACGUGUGCGUCGUGGUCGAGGGCAAGGUCUUCAAGGCGCAUAAGAACGUCCUGCUCGGCAGCAGCCGCUACUUCAAGACGCUGUACUGCCAAGUGCAGAAGACGUCUGACCAGGCCACGGUCACGCACCUGGACAUCGUCACGGCGCAGGGCUUCAAGGCCAUCAUCGACUUCAUGUACUCUGCCCACCUGGCCCUCACCAGCAGGAACGUCAUCGAGGUGAUGUCUGCCGCCAGCUUCCUGCAGAUGACGGACAUCGUGCAGGCGUGCCACGACUUCAUCAAGGCCGCGCUGGACAUCAGCAUCAAGCCCGACGCCUCGGACGAGCUCUCCGAGUUCGAGAUCAGCGCCCCUCCCGGCAGCAGCACGGACGCACUCAUCUCGGCCGUGAUGGCGGGAAGGAGCAUCUCCCCGUGGCUGGCCCGGCGCACGAGUCCCGCCAAUUCUUCUGGAGACUCGGCCAUCGCGAGCUGCCACGAAGGCGGCAGCAGCUACGGGAAGGAGGACCAGGAGCCCAAGGCUGACGGCCCCGACGACGUGUCCUCGCAGUCGCUGUGGCCCGGGGACGUGGGCUACGGGUCUCUGCGCGUCAAGGAAGAGCAGAUCUCCCCGUCUCAUUACGGAGGGAGCGAGCUGCCUUCCUCCAGGGACGCGGUGAUGCAGAACUCUUUCUCAGAGCAGGCUGCCGGGGACGGCUGGCAGCCCACAGGUCGCAGGAAGAACCGGAAAAACAAAGAGACGGUCCGGCACAUCACACAGCAGGUGGAGGGCGACAGCCGGGCCGGCUCCCCGGCCACCCCCUUCCUUCCGACGUCCGGGUGGCCGUUCGGCGGCCGCGACUCAAGCGCCGACCUGACCCUCGCCGAAGCCAGCAGCUCCGACAGCCGCGGGGACAGGGCUGAGCUCUACGGCCACGUGGACGAGGGUCUCCUAGGAGGAGAGGCCAGCUUCCUGGGCCCGCCCCUCACCCCCGAGAAGGACGAGGUGCUGCACCAGGCCACCGCGGUGGCCAACCUGCGGGCGGCGCUCAUGAGUAAGAACAGCCUGCUGUCCCUCAAGGCAGACGUGCUGGGAGACGACAGCUCCCUGCUGCUGGAGUACCUGCCCAAAGGCACCCACUCCCUGUCCCUCAACGAGUUCACGGUGAUCAGGAAGAAGUUCAAGUGCCCAUACUGCAGCUUCUCAGCCAUGCACCAGUGCAUCCUCAAGCGGCACAUGCGCUCCCACACGGGCGAGCGGCCCUAUCCCUGCGAGAUCUGCGGCAAGAAGUUCACGCGGCGUGAGCACAUGAAGCGGCACACGCUGGUCCACAGCAAGGACAAGAAGUACGUGUGCAAGUUAUGCAGUCGAGUGUUCAUGUCAGCCGCCAGCGUGGGCAUCAAGCACGGCUCUCGGCGCCAUGGAGUCUGUGCCGACUGCGCGGGCCGCGGGGUGGCUGGUCCCCUGGACGGCGGUGGCACCGAGGGCUCCCCUGAGCUGUUCCCUGGCGACGGGCCCUACCUUGAAGACCCCGACGACCCGCGGGGGGAGGGCGAGGAGGAGCUGUGUGAGGACGAGGACGAGGUGGGCCUGGCCCCCGAGGACGCGUUGCUGGCGGCCGAGAAGGGGGACGAGGACUCUCCGCGGGGACCUGGCAGCCCCCCAGGGGCGCCGGACAAGGACUUCUGGAUCUCCUAGGCCCCGGGCUGGGGGUGGUGCCACCCCUCCUCUGUGUGUGUGUGUGUGUGUGUGUGUGUGUGUGUCCCGCCUGCGGCCAGGCCACGCUGACCCCCCUGUACUCUGCUCCUGCCCCCCCCAGACACACACACACACACAGACACACACACACACACAGACACACACACACACACACACACACACGCCCUGAGGCUCACAUGCAGGCACGACCCCAGGAAGUAAGGGCUCUGGGGCCGAGCACGGGGUGGGGGCUGAGCCUGGGAGAGCACAUGGUCCCACGUGUCUGUGGGGACAGAUGGAGGGUCCCCGGCAGGUACAUGUGGAGAGGGCAUCAAGGGGCCCCAUGUGGCCAGUCUGGCCUCGAGAUACACAGUGGCCCAAUGGCCGGGUCGAGGUCAGCGCCGGUCCGGGUCAUGAGCGUGGUCCCAGAGAGGUUAAGGGGGGUUUUGCACACACCCGACGUCCAGCGUGGAGUCUCCCCCGCCCCCUGCGCCGCGCCCCUUCUCAGCAGCCUGGUCACUGCCUGCGGCCACCGCCGCAGUCUUCUGCUGCCAUUGUGGCCGCCUGCAGAGCCCGGUCCGGUGUACGGAAAGCCUCCGGGCUUUGGUGCUUAACAAAAAACAGCUGCAGAAGCCCCCUGCUGGGGCCGGGGACCUCCAGGUGCUAUCUCCCGGCAGAGGCGGCCAGGUGGGGACCGGUGUGCCACGCUGCUCCCCGCGCCCGGCCCCUCGGGUCCCUUGGCGGGGCCUGGGCUCUUUGUUCUGCGUGCACUUCCUUGGGGAGCCGGGGGGGCGGUGGGCGCCUCAUCUCCUGGGCUCUGUGGUCCUCCCUGCCCGGGCCAGUCCUCCUGACCCCCCGAGCGCCCUCGCCUUGCUGCUAACACUGGAGGAGGUGCUCCUGGCCGCUGCGUGCCGCGCGCACCUUCCCGCGCGGGUAACCAAACUCUGAGUAGUCGGAGCCGCACCGAGGCGGUCACGUGGAAGCAUCUUAUUUGGCAUUAUUUUCUCACCUGACGAAACAGUUGUCUUUCGUUUCGCGGUCGGCCCUCCUGUUGUCUCGUUAGAUGUGCUGCCGCCUCUUUGUGAUUGUUAGUUUCCUGGGUGGAAAGCAGGGCCCGGCUGUGGGGAGCCCCCCGGGCUGCAGGGCACACGCUGGUCUGUCUUCUCCCUCCUUACGGCCGUUCCUGAUGGCACUUCCCCGAGACAUUCCGGGUCGCGCCCACGCGGCUCAGGCUUGCGCAGGACUCGGGCCACGUCAAGACUCCCCUGGGUGCUCGGCUGGAGCCCCUGCCGCAGACAGUGGUUUUAUUUUUUCUUUUUCCACAGACUCUAAGUUCUUACCGGGUUUUUCAUCGUGUCGCAUAUAUCCUUUGUAGGUGGAAAGAGGAAAAUCCCACAAGACCCUAACUUCGGUUCCUCUGGUGGCUGG